AUGGAAUUCUUCAGUCGAAUGACCGAAUCACAAACUCGGCGUUCGGCUGCUAACCUGAAUAAAAUUAAACCUGACGUUGCAUGCACCAAACAGCAUGCACUUCCCCGACCUGAAAUUAACGAUGGAUUUUCGACUGCCAACGGAGAAGACUUGAACAACCAAAGUUUUCUUCGUCUGAAGGCAAAAGUCGACGAAACGAACCUGAUUGUAUUGGAAAACCAACGUUUGGCGAAUGAGUUGAGUCUUGUUCAAUCACAACUGACAGACUCCCAUUCCAAGUUAAGACAAUUCCGCAUCGAGUCAGCAACUACCAAAAGCAAACUCGAAAAACAGAAACGUUUUAUUACUGACAUUACAGUAAAAAAUAUUCGCUUGACAAAUGAGGAUUCGCGACUAAGGCGAACACUGGAAAGUACCAAUCAUUUUCUUAAAUCCAGUAGAGCGGAAUCGGAACGUCUCCGGACUUCCCUUGCUGAACAACAAUUGGACACUCGUGAGUUUGCCGUGGCUGCACGUGAGCUAGAGACAAAGAAUACAACCAUUUCUGAACUUGAAACGGAAAAUCUCCGUUUAGCCGACAACGAUUCGCAACUAAGGCGAAAAAUCGAAGACCGGGAUAAAAUUAUCGCAUCUAGUGCGAUUGAAAAAAACCUGAUUUUAUUGGAUAAAGAGCGCUUGGAGAAUGAGUUGAGUCUAGUUCAAUCCCAACUGACAGACUCCCAUUCCAAGUUACGACAAUUCCGCAUCGAGUCAGCAACUACCAAAAGCAAACUCGAAGAAAAGGAAAGUCUUAUUACUGACAUGACAGAGAAAAAUCUCCGCUUGGCAAAUGAGGAUUCGCGUCUAAGGCGAAAAAUUGAAGACAGGGAUAGAAUGAUCACACUGAUUGUGUUGGAAAAAGAAAGUUUGGCGAAUGAGUUGAGUCUGAUUCAAUCACAACUGACAGACUCCUCAUCAAAGCUGCAAAUGUUUCAGAAUAUACACGACGAGUUGGAAACUACCAAAUGCGAACUGGAAGAAAAGAAACGUGAAAUGACUGACAUUAUAGGGGAAAAUCUCCAGUUGACAAACGAGAAUUCGGGGCUAUGGCGCAAAAUUGAAGCCAAGGAUAGAGUUAUUGCAUAUAACCGAGCGAAUUUGGAGAAACUACAUAACAGCCUUGAAGAAAAAAAAUUGCACAAGGUGCACGAAGAACUGGCUUCGAGUCAACGUGUUCUGGUAUCCAAAAAUAGAACCAUAACAAAACUUCAAGAGCAAAAUCGAGAAAGUCGAGUGGAAUUGGAGCAACUCCGGACUUCCCUUGAUGAACAAAAAUUGGACACGCUGCAGUUGGCCAUGGCUACACGAGAGCUUGAGUCAAAAACUAGAAUCAUUACUGAACUCGAAGCGAAAAAUCUCAGUUUGGCCGAAAACGAUUCACAGUUGAGGCGUAAAAUGGAAGACGCCGAUCGUUUUGUUCUAUCCAGUAGGGUGACAAUAGAAGAACUCCAGCUGUCCCUUAACAAACAGACCGAAAGGGUCAAUCAGCUGGUGGAUCAAAUGAGAACCCUAGACCAGGAAAAAGACGAAGCGGUUCGGAAGUUGACCGAAUUACAACAGAAACAAAUCCAACCGAAAAUGACAACGGACGUCGGGUGUGGUGAAGUAUUCCACCAAGUUGAAGAGCCUAUCCCUGCAGUAACUGAAAUUACCGAAAUUGUAACUGCAUUUUUAGCAUCUGGAUUAAAACCUCAAGCAGACUCAUCAAUCACCGAGCCACAACCCGUGAACUUGUCUGAAAUUUUACCCUCAGUAUUCCACCAUCACCAAAUUGAAGAGCCCAUCCGUCCAUCGGAUAAAAUAACUGAUGUCGUAACGGCCUUUUUAGCUUCGGGUUGCACAAAGUCUCAAGCGAAAUCGCCGGUCACCGUACCACAGCAGGCACAUCGGCCUCUCACCACUGACGUAUUGAAAAAUUCUCCUGCACGCACCUCAGUUGAGAAGAAAGCCGUCAAGGUAUCUACUAAGCAACCGUCGGCUGUACUACCUGAAUUUUACAUUAAAUCAACCGUAGAAAAAGAAGUUGACGUCGAUCAAAUCGUCGUGUUUGGGAUAUCGAAAAGUGAUUGCGGGAAAGUUAUUGGACGAAAUGGUUGCAAUGCCGAAAGGAUAGAAGAAGAGUAUGGGGUGGGGCUAAGUUUUGUCGAGGGCGAGCUUUUUAUCACCGGAGGAGAUGCUGAACGUCGACUGGCCGCUUGCUCCGACGUCUGCGAAAAAUUGACAGUGACAUUGGAGUGCACCAACCUGGAUUUGAGAUAUAACAAGUAUUCCAACAAAUAUUUGUUGAGAAAAUUGUCCUUCGACAACUUUGUAUGCAUCAAUCCCCCCUCGCUAGAAAACAGAUACGUCAGCAUCUGGGUUAAGUUAUUGAAGCUGGACGUCAGUUUUGCCUAUCGGAAUAGUUGUCGUCUUGCGAUGACGUUGCCUCCUCGUGACAAUCCAAAGGGAUUGGCGGAUGAACCCGUCGACGGAGUUGGUUCGCUGGUCGCUGGUGGGAUGUAA